AUGGUUGAAGAUAAGAUGAUGGCACAUAAAGGGAUUGGGGAUAUAGUGGAUAGGCUGAAACAAAGAAUCGAAGAAUACUAUCAUCCAUUCAACAAUGUGAUAAGGAGUAAUAAAUCAAGUAAGGAUGAUAAAAAGGAACCAUUUAUAAAGAACCAUAAAAGAAAUAAUAUCAAUAGUAGGAAUAAGUUUAAUCGACUUAAUGAAGUAAGACAACGCCAUAAACAAGAAGAGAUUGAAUUGAAAAGGACCAAAAUGAAUGAAAUCAAUAAUAGAAAAGAUCAAGAACGAAAAUAUCAGCAAGAUUUACAACAAUUGGAAGUAGACAUAGAUCAAUUAAUUGAAGAAGAAAAAGACAUGAAUGAUGAAGAAUUUAAUGAAGAUGAAAUGAAUGCCUACGAACGGGAAUUGGAAGAAUAUCUCAGCCAACUAACGAUAAGUAAUUAA